CUGAGGGGCGUGGCCGCGGCGGGGGGAGAGGGCGUGGCCUGCGCGGACGGGGGGCGGGAGGGGUCAGUCCGCGAUCAGCUGCGGGAGCGCGGGGAGGCCGAUUUUGGGGUGCCCAGAUGCCGCUGGCCCGCAGCGUCUCCGUCAGUUCCCUGCCGGGCCUGGAGGAUUUUGGGGGUCCCGGCGCCCCCGACAACGUGGUGCUCUUCGAGGUGGCCUGGGAGGUGGCCAACAAAGUGGGGGGGAUCUACACGGUGCUGCAGACCAAGGCGCGCGUGACGGCCGACGAGUGGGGCGAGAGCUACGUGCUGGUGGGGCCCUACGUGGAGAGCGCCGUGCGCACCCAGGUGGAGCUGCUGGAGCCGCCCCAGCCCGCCCUGCGCCGCACCCUGGCGGCCAUGAACGCCCAGGGCUGCAAGGUGCAUUUUGGGCGCUGGCUGAUCGAGGGCAGCCCGGCCGUGGUGCUGCUGGACGUGGGGGCCACGGCCUGGAGCCUGGAGCGCUGGAAGGGCGAACUCUGGGAGAGCUGCGCCAUCGGCGUGCCCUGGUACGACCGCGAGGCCAACGACGCCGUCCUCUUCGGCUUCCUCGUCGCCUGGUUCCUCGGAGAGUUUGCGGCGCAGAGCGAGGAGCGGCCGUUCAUCGUGGGCCACUUCCACGAGUGGCUGGCGGGGCUGGGGCUGGUGCUGAGCCGCGCCCGGCGCCUGCCGGUGGCCACCAUCUUCACCACGCACGCCACGCUGCUGGGCCGCUACCUGUGCGCCGGGAGCGUGGACUUCUACAACAACCUGCAGAGCUUCGACGUGGACAAGGAGGCAGGUGAGCGGCAGAUCUACCACCGGUACUGCCUGGAGCGCGCGGCCGCGCACUGCGCCCACGUGCUGACCACCGUGAGCCACGUCACCGCCGCCGAGGCCGAGCACCUGCUCAAGCGCAAGCCAGACCUGGUGACCCCCAACGGGCUGAACGUGCGCAAGUUCUCGGCCAUGCACGAGUUCCAGAACCUGCACGCCCAGAGCAAGGCCCGAGUCCAGGAGUUCGUGCGGGGACACUUCUAUGGGCACCUGGAUUUCGAUCUGGACAAGACCCUUUUCUUCUUCAUCGCCGGGCGCUACGAGUUCUCCAACAAGGGCGCCGACAUCUUCCUGGAGGCGCUGGCCCGGCUCAACUACCUGCUCCGGGUGAAUGGCAGCGAGGUGACCGUGGUGGCAUUUUUCAUCAUGCCCGCCAGGACCAACAACUUCAACGUGGAGUCGCUCAAGGGCCAGGCCGUGCGCAAGCAGCUCUGGGACACGGCCAACGCCGUGAAGGAGAAAUUCGGGAAGAAGCUCUACGAGUCUCUGCUGGUGGGGAACCUCCCGGACAUGAACAAGAUGCUGGACAGGGAGGAUUUCACCAUGAUGAAGAGAGCCAUCUUCGCCACCCAGCGGCAGUCCUUCCCCCCCGUGUGCACCCACAACAUGUUGGACGACGCCACCGACCCCAUCCUGACCACGAUCCGCAGGAUCGGCCUCUUCAACAGCAGCAACGACCGCGUCAAGAUCAUCUUCCACCCCGAGUUCCUGUCCUCCACCAGCCCGCUGCUCCCCGUGGACUACGAGGAGUUCGUCCGGGGUUGCCACCUCGGCGUCUUCCCCUCCUACUACGAGCCCUGGGGCUACACCCCAGCCGAGUGCACGGUCAUGGGCAUCCCCAGCGUCUCCACCAACCUCUCGGGCUUCGGCUGCUUCAUGGAGGAGCACAUCGCCGACCCCUCGGCCUACGGGAUCUACAUCGUGGACCGGCGUUUCCGUGCCCCGGAGGAGUCGUGCGCGCAGCUGACGGCGUUCCUGUACGGCUUCUGCCAGCAGAGCCGGCGGCAGCGCAUCGUGCAGCGCAACCGCACCGAGCGCCUCUCCGACCUGCUCGACUGGAAGUACCUGGGCCGGUACUACACCUUCGCCCGGCGCAUGGCCCUGGCCAAGGCCUUCCCCGAGAACUUCACCUACGAACCCCCCGAGGCCGCGGCUGGGUUCCGCUACCCCCGGCCCGCCUCGGUGCCGCCGUCCCCGGCGCUGUCGCGCCUCUCGAGCCCGCGGCACAGCGACGAUGACGACGAGGAGCGCUACGAUGAGGAGGAGGAGGCGGCGAAGGACCGCGCCAACAUCCGCCGCCCCCCGAGCCCCCCCGGGCUGCCCCCCACCCGCAACUGACCCCCCAAUUGGGGAGGGGGCUCCUCCUCACCCCCCACUGACCCCCAGCAAUGUGGGGAGGGGGCUCCUCAUCACCUGCCCCCCACCCGCAACUGACCCCCAAAUUGGGGAGGGGGCUCCUCUUCAUCCCCCAUUGACCCCCCGGAAUUGGGGAGGGGGCUCCUCCUCACCCCCCUCCACCCGCAACUGACCCCCGGAAUUGGGGAGGGGGCUCCUCCUCACCUCCCCCCACCCACAACCGACCCCCCCAAAUUUGGGGAGGGGGCUCCUCCUCACCCCCCACCCGCAACUGACCCCCGGAAUUGGGGAGGGGGCUCCUCCUCACCCCCCACUGACCCCCCGAAAUGUGGGGAGGGGGCUCCUCCUCACCACCCCCCACUGACCCCCCGAAAUGUGGGGAGGGGGCUCCUCCUCACCCCCCACUGACCCCCCAAAUGUGGGGAGGGGGCUCCUCCUCACCCCCCACUGACCCCCGGAAUUGGGGAGGGGGCUCCUCCUCACCCCCCACCCGCAACCGACCCCCCGAAAUUGGGGAGGGGGCUCCCCCUCACCCCCCACCCGCAACUGAGCCCCCGAAAUUGGGGAGGGGGCUCCUCUUCAUCCCCCACUGACCCCCCGAAAUGUGGGGAGGGGGCUCCUCUUCAUCCCCCACUGACCCCCCGAAAUUGGGGAGGGGGCUCCUCUUCACCCCCCACCCUCCACUGACCCCCCGAAUUUGGGGAGGGGGCUCCUCUUCAUCCCACACCCACCCGCAACUGACCCCCGAAUUGGGGAGGGGGCUCCUCCUCACCCCCCACUGACCCCCCGAAAUUGGGGAGGGGGCUCCUCCUCACCCCCCAUCUACAACCGACCCCCCCAAAUGUGGGCAGGGGGCUCCUCCUCACCCCCCACCCGCAACCGACCCCCCGAAAUGUGGGGAGGGGGCUCCUCCUCACCCCCCACCCACAACCGACCCCCCGAAAUUUGGGGAGGGGGCUCCUCUUCAUCCCACACCCACAACCGACCCCCCCAAAUUGGGGAGGGGGCUCCUCACCCCCCACCCACCCACAACUGACCCCCCCAAAUUUGGGGAGGGGGCUCCUCCUCACCCCCCACUGACCCCCCGAAAUGUGGGGAGGGGGCUCCUCUUCAUCCCACACCCGCAAUGGACCCCCCGAAAUUGGGGAGGGGGCUCCUCCUCACCCCCCACCCACCCGCAACUGACCCCCCGAAUUGGGGAGGGGGCUCCUCCUCACCCCCCACUGACCCCCGAAAUUGGGGAGGGGUCUCCUCCUCACCCCCCACUGACCCCCCGAAAUGUGGGGAGGGGGCUCCUCCUCACCCCCUACUGAUCCCCCGAAAUGUGGGGAGGGGGCUCCUCCUCACCCCCCACCCGCAACCGACCCCCGAAAUGUGGGGAGGGGGCUCCUCCUCACCUCCCCCCCCUCCCCACCACGCCGGACUCGCAAAAAACCCAAAAACCCAAAAAAAACACGGGGGGAAAGAGGAGGAAUUUGGGGGGGGGGGUCCCCAAAAUUCGCCCCCCGCCUCAUUUCAGUGCCUGGCCUCGAGGGGGGGGGAGGGGCCCCUCUCGGUGUUGUUUUAUUUUAUUUUUGGGGUUUUUUUUGGUUUUUUGGGGGGGGGUCCCCGCGCCCCCUCCCCACAAUCACACUCCAAACCCCCCCCCCCCCCAAAAUGUGGGGCCGGGGGGGGGUCCCCACAUCCGUCCGACCCCCCCCCGGCGCAGCGGAUGAAUAAAGGUGCUUCACAGCC